AUGAGCGAGUCAAGCAUGGAGGGAAACGAACUGUUCAACGGAGACGAUGAGGAAGUGAAGGAAGGCGAAAGCUCCUCCCGGAAAGGGGAACAUGAGGAGGAGCAAACUGCGGAGGGCGCUGAUAACGCUGCUGGUGACCAGGUUAAGGACUCCGCCGAAGGAGGAGCGCGCAGGAAGCGGAAAAAGGAGCACAAACGCACGUCUCCCUACGUGGAUAACGAAGCGGAGGAGGAUGAUAAUGAUGAUGACGAUCAGGAUGACGAUAAGGAUGACGAUAAUGAGGACGACGUAGAUGACGAUGAUGAAGACGACGGAGAUGACGAUGAUGAAGGAUACGGAAAUGACGACGAUGUAGACGCGGAAUACAGAGAAAGAAAGGCAAGCAGCAAGGGGGGGAGUGGGGUGAAAAAAAGGAAGCUGUCAAAGAAGAGAUACAUGUCGACCUUCCUGGACACAGAGGCGCAAGUGGGUGAUGAUGACGAGGAGGAGGAAUACGCCAGCUCCUACGUAGAAGAAUUCGAAGAAGCAAAAAAGUUGGAGAAGAAAAAAAUGUACGAAACGAAGCUGAAGAGUGGAACGAACCAUCUAGCACAAACUAUUAACAAGCUAUCGCAACGGUACGAAAAUGAAAAGGAAAUAAAAGAUACCCUUACGGAUGGGGAGACCUUAACAGAUGAGGAGAUGUCCGGAGAUGAGGACGAAUACUUCGAUGAAGGAGAAUGUUUGACCACGUUUGAUAGCCCAAAAAUGUGGCUAAUAAAGUUGUUCAAAAAUGGAGUCGAGAGAAAUAUAGCCAUGGGAAUUUACUACAAAUAUAUGAAGUUAAAAGACAACGAUUUCAACAUUAAGGGAGUCUACGUCUCGGACAAUCUCAAAGGAUACAUAUAUGUAGAGGCAGAUAGUCUCUACAUGUUAAAAAGGUUCCUCUUGGGAUUCAAAUUUAUAAACCUAAAUGAGAUCACCAUCGUACCAGUUAUCAUCCCAAAGGUGAAUGAGUACGUCCGAAUUAAGAGAGGAGUUUACAUGAAUGAUAUAGGGCAAAUAUUUGAGGUUCACGAAAAGGGUAUCUAUGCCAUCGUGAGGUUAAUCCCGAGAAUCCAGUAUGAUAAGUAUAACCAUUUUAAGAAGGGGAAUUAUCACUUAAGUUUGACUACCUCCUCCAUGAGUAAGGGACCUUCUUCUAUGUUCGAUGAACAUAAUGGGAAAAGUGAGUCCUACUACUUGGGGGAUAAUAAAUUCGAUUUGAAUAAUCAUGGGAGCAGGGCCAUCAUCCCUGCAGGAGUGAUAAUGCCCGGGGGGGAGGUGAGAAAUGCUGCAGCAACAAAUGAACAGUUGGAAAUGUUAGACGAAGCGUUACAAAUUAAGAGGAAGAAAAAAAAAGAAAGGCCAUUAAAAAAAUUAUUCGAUCGAGAAGAAAUCGAACAAAUAGGAGGAGUCAUUGAACAUGGACCUUACCCAAGAACGAUUAAAUAUCAAAACAAUAUUUUUGAAGAAAAUGGCUACCUGCUAAAAAAAAUGAAUAUAAAAUAUCUCAUAUCCGAAAAUGCUAAUAUUACCCUUACGGAAAUUAGAGACUUCAACAAAAAUAAUACCAAUGAGGAGGACAUCAACUUGCACGUAAGCAAAUCUUUUAUUAAUAAAAAUUCGCUACACCUGUUUAAGAAGGGGGAGAGGGUGAAAAUUAUGAAAGGCGAAUUGUAUAACCUUAUAGGGACCAUAUCAAAUGUGAGUGAUAAUGUGUUAACCAUAAAUCCGGACAAUUUAGCUAAAAAUUUUAAGUUCCUGCCAACUGAUGUGACGAAAUAUUUUCUUGAGGGGGAUAACGUAACGGUUAUCAAUGGAAUUCAUAAAGGAAAAAGUGGACUAAUUUCGUUACUUGAUUAUAAAGAAAAUGUUGCGCUUAUUUUCUCUCCCUCUUUGAACACCGAAUUUCGUUCUUCCAUUCAAGACCUCUCAGCCUGUGAGCAUAGUACCAGUGAAGGGCUCGGUGGAAUUAACUCCCUUAACGGAUUCUCCAUCGGAGACCUAAUAGAACUCAGUGACAGGCAGAUUGGCAUACUAACAUACAUCGACAAAAAUAAACACAUUCGAGUACUAACUAGUCAUAACAAAACUUUGCAUACAACAAUUGGAACCAUCACAUCCAAACGGUCAGCAGUAGGCCAAGUAUGCAAAGAUGAAAAUGGAAAUAUUAUCCAAGCGAAAGAUGUCAUACAGGUCGUCCGAGGGAUCCAUAAAAAUAAAGUUGCUGUGGUGAAUUAUAUUUGGAAGAAUAAAGUUUUUGCUAAGAUUAACAAAAAGAUUGAGGAUAACGGAUUUGUUGUCCUGGAUAAUGAAAACUGCAUACUUACAGGAAACCAAAAUGAGAAGAAAAGAAUUAUCACACAUAAUAAUUUGUUCAGAACGAAUAGUAGUAUGCUCCCAAGAAGGAAUAAUACCUACCAGUCGUUCAUUGGAAAAACUGUGAAAAUAUUAAGUGGGGUUUAUAAGGGCCUCCUCGGAGAUGUUAUAGAUGCCGAACGGGAUGAGUUUACUCUGCUGUUGAAGAUCAAGCCGAAGACCAUUAGGCAGAAAAGAAGCGAAUGUGCUAUUGCGGACUCGUUCCGGGAGCAUUACAACGUCACGGAUGAUAGGUACUACAACGAACGGGAGAGCAACGGGCUUGGGGGGGCACUCGGGGGGGAGAGGUUGGACACCCCUUCCGCGAGGUGGAGAAACAGGAGUGACAGAAGCCCCAGGCACGACCGGAUUGGGUACGAGUCCUCGCUCUACAGCGAAAGCGUAAGGAAGGGCGCCGACUGGCGAAGAAACGAAUUCGGGGGCAGGCAUGACGGGUACAGGGGCGCGUACAGCGGCAACUACGAUGAGGAGCGCUGGAGGGGAAGUCACCGCCCGCCUGAGGGGGACGCCCCCGGCCACGACCCAGUCGCGCGCGCCGCAAAUGGUGCAAACGCUUCUUCCCAUGCCGCGCCGUGGAACCAAUCGAACGGGUGGAAAGGAACGAAUAGCAGUCACCAGCACUCGCCCCCACCAUUGCCGCACAGCAGGAAUGAAAGCGGCGGGGGCUUUCGAGUGGAGAACGAUGCACUUCGUCCGCACGACCAGAAAAACUUCGAAGGGAACUGGGCCAGGACGUCACACGAAAAUCACCCAAAUAGUAACACCAAUUAUAACUACAGUCACAAUGGGAGAGCAAAUGGUCCGAUUAAUUUUAACGAACCACAUAGCAGGGGAGAAGGAAUCAAUGAGGAUGGAAAAAAAAGUGCCACCAGAAAGAACAACACGGCAGAAGAAUUCGUUAAUGGAAAGUACGAGACAGCACCCGGUUCCCACAAUUUGAAUGCCGACCAAAGAUAUGACGAUAGCAGGGGAAGAGGCGGUAAAAACAGCACCUCGAAGGGGUUAGGAAAAUGGGAUGAUGUCCAAGGCACUGGUGGCAUCAGUGGAGGGGUGAGCAAUUCUGGCUCUGUCAAUGCGUCUAAUUUCUUCGACAUGCAUCGAGAUAAGAAUAAUGAAGGGAAGGCGUCACCACUUUGGCUAGUCAAAGGAAUUAUGAUAAAGGUUAUAACUCCGGGGCCCUUCUACAACGAAAUUGGGACAGUCACAGAGGUGAUGAAGAAGAGCUUGUACACCAUACUAAAAAUAGCAACCGAGAAAACAUCCUUUAGCAUCGUGUCCGAUGCUGUGAUUCCUUUGAAGCCAAACAGAAUAAACGACGAAGUGCUCGUCGUGGAUGAAGGCAAGGUCGUCGAGGGCACUGUUCUGGACAUACAGAAUGACGACAUUCAGGUGAAUACCGCGCAGGGCAUAUUUACCUACCACGUGAGGAAUAUUUUUUUGUUUAAAAGGCAGUUGUCUUGA